CGCCCCGCAGUGCGACUCGACUGAGGGGACCACCGCGCGCCGAACCCGGGUCGCGAGCGAGCAUCGUCGUCGGAGAUCGCGCGGACGGCGAUCGACGCGCGUCGCCACGCACGGGCUCUCGUUCGUCCCCGCCCGGAGAGAGGCGGCGCGCGGCGAUCGCCGACGACGCGAAAUUAAAUUAAAUGACGGCGACGGCGAAGCGCAAGGCGUCCGAGGUGGUCGACGACGCCGUCCCCCCGACGACCACAGCGGAAGCCGCGACGACGACGACGACGACGACGACGACGAAGGUCGUCGACCUGAUCAAAAACCUCGGCGGAUACGACAACAUGAUCUCCCAGGGCGCGGAGGGACGCGUGUUCGCGGUCACCUUCCUAGGCAAGCCCGCGAUCGUGAAGCAGCGGUUCGAGAAAACCUACAGACACCCGAUCCUCGAUAAGAAGCUCACGAAGUCGCGCCUCAACAUGGAAGCGCGGGGGAUGAUGCGCGCGAGGAAGCUCGGCGUCAUAACGCCGACGCUGUACUACGUCGACACGCACCAGGCGGCGAUAUACAUGGAGCGCGUCGACGGCGCGUCGUUGAAGGAGUUGAUUCGCGCGGGCGCGAUGACGGAGGAAGAGAUGCGGGACGUCGGGGAGGAGAUCGGGCGCGUCGUCGCCGCGAUGCACGACGGCGGGCUCAUCCACGGCGACUUGACGACGUCGAACAUAUUACUGCGCGCGAGGGAUCAAAAGGUGGUGGUCAUCGACUUCGGGUUGGCGCACAACUCGAUCAUACCGGAGGACAAGGGCGUGGAUUUGUACGUCCUGGAGCGCGCCAUCACGGUGACGCAUCGCUCCGCCGCGAUGUUCGAGCACGUCAUGGCCGCGUACAAGCAGCACUCGCGGCAGUGGAGCGCGAGCUUUAACAAGUUCGCGGAGGUGCGGAUGCGCGGACGGAAGCGCUCGAUGAUCGGGUGAGGGAUGGACGAGCGUCGAGGCGUAGUGUUAGCUCACAUAGUUUGCAGUGCCCACAGCGCUCACGUGAC